CCGACUUCUAUACUCUUUUCAGUCGCUAGAAUAUUUUUUUCACAGAAGUUACUAUUGAAAACAAGCAGAAUGCAAAGUUUUAUGCGCAUUUUUUUUGUUCUUAUCAUAGCCGUUUGUAUUUAUGGCGACUCUUCGGAAGAAAAAAGAGAAACGCAAAGACAAAUAUCUGAGAAAUGUAAAAAGGAAGUCGGAAUCACUGAAGAUCGACCACAUGGACCUCCUAAUCUAGACGAUCCUAAAGAAAAAUGUCUACAUGCUUGCUUCAUGAAAGAAUCUGGGAUACUGGUAGACGGAAAAGUGGCGGUUGAAAAUGUUACCAAUUUCCAUAAAAAACAUUGGCCUAAUUUUAAUGAUGAAACUGAGAAAAAAAUAACAUCCUGCGUAGAAACGGCAAAUGAAAAAUCUGACGAAUGUGAUAUUGCCGCUGCAAUGAUGAAAUGUAUACAUGAAAAGCUUGGUCCUCCUCCACCUUUUCCACGACAUAAGGAAUAAUUAUGCGAUUUCUAUUUGUUAAUAAUUAUUUAUUUUUACUGUCGAUUACCCGCGUACGUAAUGUAAAUAAUUAUAUAUUUAAUAAGAAAUAUUUUACAUACAUGCUGCAUUAAAAAGCAAGAAAUUUCUAGUAACCCCUCUAAAACGUUUCUUCAAUCGCUCUUUUCAAGUGCUACCAUAUAUGAAAACUAUAUUCGUAUAGUGAGAUGAUUGUAUUAUCAAGGAGUAUUGAACAAAGAAAUAUCGGUCAGCAUUGAAUUUUCAAUUUAUCUUCUAAUGCACUCAAGCGUUUCACAUCAUUUUUUAUUCUCAACUACAAUGACAAGGAAUUACUUGGAUGCAUUGAUUAUUUAAAAAAUUCUUUAAAAUUUCAAUAUCAAUUAGGCGCAAACACAUCUACAUAUUAUUGUAUUCAUUAAUAAUAAAUACAAAUGUCAUUAUACAAAUAUAAAUUAUAUAUGUAUACGUUACUAUCAGUACACGUUGAUUUGAAAGUGUAGUGCCAACAUAGAAGAGAGGAUAUGGGCGAUAACUGAUGCAAAUGUAAAAUAAAAGUCAAUUAUCUUCAGCUGUUAGUACAGUCGAAACGUGGUCGGAUUUGAAUUAUUGAACAGAGUGAUAUAUAUGUAUAUAAGGAAAAAGUUGCAAAAAACACACAAAGACAAGCGGACAGAACUUGUGACGUUGGGUGACGAAACUUAACUGAAAAAUUGAUUAUUUCAAAUUAGAGAAAACAGAACAUCAGUGUAUCGUAUAAGAAUUCCAGCAGUCAACAUGAAGCUCAUCCUUGAGUUUUUCCUGGUCGGCUUGGUAUUAGUUUACGCUAAAGAUCCAACAUGUGCGAAUAUACGUUGUCCUGUGGCCUGCCUUGAUAACCCAGCGCGAUGCAUAACGAGGUACUAUGGAAUCGGCACUUGUGCUUAUGGUGUACCUUGCAUCAAUGGCUAUUGCGAUCCUCUUUGUGGAAAUAUCGUUUGUCCCGAUUCUUUUGUUUGCCGUCGUGACAUCAAUAUUUGUGAAAAAUAAAGGACAAAUAACGUUAUGAAUGUUCGAUGGUUCAUGUAGUUUUGGAAAUCUUUAAAAUAAAAUUCAUAUUGCCUAAUUA